GAUUCAAGCAAAGGCCGAAGAGGGGCGGAAGUGUGGCUCGGGGGAGGAUUUAGGGAGCGGGGCCGCCCUUGGUCGGAGCGGUGCCUUUGAGUCGCCGGGGAAUCAGGAGCGAGAGAAGGAAGCCCAGGGCUGCUAAAAGGAGCCGGGUUUGUUAAGGUGCAGGACUUCUUUGGUCUACCCAACAAUAACCCUGCGAGGCAGCGAUGGGUCGUUACAAGGGAUAUCGCCCGAUUGCAGCCAAGGCCAAGAAAAUCCGCGAAUACUGGGCUUUAAAAAAUCGACCUCGUGACUCCCAGCGUUAUGAGGUGGACUACGAAAAGAUGACCCGGGCCUUCACAGGCAAGCGCCUCCCUGUGCUGGCCUGGGAAGAUGUGAGGAAUGAGAACCGGCUUUUUAUGCUGCUCUCCCGCUUGCACCUCUUCGGUAUCGGCAGGAUGGUCACACGCAAAUCCUGGAUAUGGGAAUACGAUGAGCCUUGCUAUUGGGUCAUUACUAAAGUAAAACUGGAUUAUACAGCUGAGAAAAUGGAACAUGGGAAGGCCUGGGGAUAUUUGACAUUUAGAGGCAAGCCCGAAAACGAAGAGAAAGAAAUAGACAAAGUAAUGUACCACGACUGGCGCAUGGUACCCAAACAUGAGGAGGAAGCCUUUAAGAAAUUUACCCCUCCCGUGGAAGAAGAAAAAAUCCGCUAUGUCCUCUAUCCCCCGCUGCUGCGGGCCAUGAUCCUUGCGCAGAGGCAGAAAGAAGGUAAAUCAACGGAAGAACCAUUGCUUGACUUAGAGCCAGCUGUUCACCUCCUAAACGCGUCCCCCGGAAACCAAGCUGAAGGGACCCCGGUCUGAAGACUUGAGGACUUCGAAAUGGCACUUGGUUUGUUACCUUCUCAGGUGUGAUCACACAGCUCAACUUUCUUAUUCUGCCUUGCACUGAGGUGUUUUUGGGAAAUACGAUCCUGUCACUGAGGCUGGGGAAAAAAAAAACCCCACCAGUAAAAUUAUAAGAUAAUUUUGCUACUGAAAUCUUCCAUUGACAUUUCCCCAAUUAUCCUGUCUUGUUUUUUAGAUUUGUUUUUAUUUCCCAUUCCUGUGUUUCUUGUGGCUACCUGAUCAGGUCCGAGGAGAGCACAGGGCAUCAAUCUAUUUGUUUUAAUAAUGAGGCAAUAUAAAUUAAAGAGAGUCCUAAUUAAAAUAACGGAUUGGAACGGAGAUCAAUCUCUGUCCUAGCACGGCACCAUCUUCCUCUCCUGAAUCCAGUCACAACCUUAAAAUGUGCUGUUGUGUUACUGAAUGCCAUUUAAAAAAACAACAACAACAACAGCCUCACUCUCUUCUUUAUGAUGUGGCAUUGUUUUUUCCUGCAUUUUCAAAUGUAUUGGUGAAAUGAAACGGGGUUGUUAUGGGGAAAAGAAGAGGACAAAGGAGUAUUAGGUAUGUUUGCUGCCUUGAGUUAUUUGUAAAAAUAAUAAAAGUAGGAUACAAAUGAAUAAAAAAAUGUUAAAAUCGC